AAAUGUUCACACACUGUUGACGCUCGGAUAGCUUCCUUAGAAGCGUGGUAGAUGUUCGCACAAUAUCGCGGCAGUUAUAAGAGCCGCAAAACUGGUCGACAAGGCAUCUUUCCGCCUCGAAUCCUUCGACAUCGCCCCCCAGACUUCCACCACCAUGCAGCUGGCGGUCGUCGUUGGUUUUGUGGUGUCCGUAGUGGUGAUCGCCAGAAUAGUCUACCUUCGAUGGACAGAAGAUGUUUCUUCUCUGCGCCUUCCUCCGGGGCCUAAGCCGAUCCCAUUGCUGGGCAACGUCCAUCAGCUAUCGAUGGUGUCUCAAGAGAAAACUUUUGCAAACUGGGGAAAACUUUACGGUGGUCUGGUAUAUGCGCAGCUAUUUCGGACGCCCGCCAUCGUGAUUAAUUCUCUCAAAGCUGCGCAAGACCUUCUAGACGCGAAGAGCGCGAACUAUUCGCACAGGCCACGAUUUGUUUUACUAUCCGAUUUAAUGGGAUGGGACUGUGUUAUCACACACAUGACUUACGGCGAGCGAUUCCGCAAGCAUCGUCGAUGGAUAGCUCAAGCAUUCGAGGAUAAGGAUGCGCUCAUCAGUUACCGCGCUUUGCAAAGAAGAGAAGCAUAUGUACUCAUAUCCGGCCUAUUUGAGUCUCCUGGCUUCUUCAGGGCACACAUCAGAAGAUUUGCUGCGGCGAUGAUUAUGGAGAUUGCCUACGGACAUUCCGUAACGUCUUUAAACGAUCAAUUUGUCCAUCUCGCUGAACGUGCUGCGAAAGAAACGAUCGAAUCAGGAGGGCCAGGGUCGAUGAUUGUGGACUUCUUCCCACUCUUACGACAUUUGCCGAUGUGGUUACCUGGGGCUGGGUUCAAGAGGAAGGCACACAAGGUACGAUUAAUCGUUAGAAAGAUGUUGGACGCGCCUUUCGAAAUGGUGAAAACUGCGAUGAUGCACGGUACUGCUUCACCGUCAUUCACCGCCACUUUAUUAGAAGAGGUGUUCAGCCGCGGCACUCCUACUACUGAAGAAGAAGAUGACAUCAAAGGCGCUGCAGGGGUCCUUUUUGGAGCUGCUACUGACACGACUUCCGCCGUUCUGUCUACCUUCAUCCUGGCUAUGACGCUACAUCCGGAUAUCUACAAGAAGGCACGCGCGGAGAUAGAUCGCGUAGUAGGCACCGUUCGUCUUCCAGAUUUCCCAGACAGGGAUUCCUUGCCAUAUCUUGAAUGCGUCUUGGAGGAGGUAUACCGAUGGAAUUGUCCUGUACCUCUUGGCCUUCCACAUAAAGCCGCCGCUCAUGACCAGUAUCGUGGGUAUGACAUCCCUGGUGGCUCCAUGAUAAUUCCGAAUAUAUGGGCGAUGACGCGGGAUACUCAGAUGUAUGCUUCGCCUGAGUCGUUCAUUCCGGAGCGGUUUCAGGGCCUCAGCCGCGAGGAUGCUGACUUGCAUAAUCCUCGGAAUAUGGUGUUUGGUUUCGGGAGACGUGCUUGUCCUGGCCGCAAGUUCGCAGAUGCCUCCAUAUGGUUUGCCGCUGCAAACAUCAUAGCGACUGUCAAUAUAUCUCAACCCAACGAUCUCUCCCGCAAGAAUGCGGAUUUGUGUGAUCUAUUCAUUCCGGGUUUCGUGAGCCAUCCACGCGAUUUCAUCUGCAAUAUGACGCCCCGGUCAAGAAACGCUCUGGAGAUGGUCUCCGACAUGCGCGUGCACACUGCGUUCUGAAGCAUGUUGCAUCCGGCGUGACUGGGCCGUCGUUUAUUUCGCAACGUGUCUUUUAUUACUUGCCGGUUCCGCCCGGAAGUUCCUUGUAUUGCUGCCAUCGGAUAAGGUUAUGAGACAGGUUUAUUCACAUUUUCUUUAGCUCUUGGUUGCUCCAGCCUCGACCUUAUGCGCAUUUGAAUGGUGCUUAUGGACAUAUAGUUCGAUUCUAUGGCAAGCAAUGUAAAGUUAUACACUGCGGGUCACCAGCCUCAUGGAUUAACGUUCUCUCUUAC